GUUCGUCUCGGUGAUUUAGUAGAGAGAGACGGAGACUCGAAUGCAGGCUGCGUCGGAGGGUAAACCCCUUACAGCCAGCUUAAAAGCGCUACAGUCAUUCGUACGGUCGUAUUUUCUCGCCCAGAUGAGGAACAUUAUCUUAAACUAAAAGAGGGUCGUUCUUUAAACGUCUCGGCUGGAAAGGUAAGAAUUCAUUUACAAGCUUGAAGUUCAGACCAACACAAUGAUUCUCAACCUUUAAAAAAAGUUCUGAGUGACAGUCAGCUCACUUUGUGUUAUUGAAGAUCAGUCAUCGAUAUCUCAGUUGAAGCAAUAUGGCUAUGGUCCAGAAUAACCGUCCUCAUCCUGACAAGGAGCAGGCUCUCCACAGAGUCCCACUGAAGAGGCUGAUGCGAGAGAAACCGAUGGAAGCAGCCCCGAUAAAGAAACGAGUGAUGGCUGCCCUUAACUUAUCAUGCAAAAAGGAGUCAUUGUCAUUAUCAUCAACCCUAAAGCCUAUCAUAAAGACUGAGCACAUGGAAAAGGACUCCUCAUUUCUGGGCUGCGGCCGUGACCUCAGCUAUCAGCAAGACUCCAAGGCGAAGGAUGGACAGGAGAGCGCUUUGGACCUAAGCCCGGCCUUGAGGCACACCCUGGCCCAGUUCACUUUGAGCAGCCAGUGCUCUCUAGGCGGCCCUGCUGCAUUCUCUGGCCAGCACAGCCAGGAUAAGCUGGCCCCUUUGCUUACCCAGGCCAACGUGGGUGGAGGCCCCCUGCUGGUGCCACCAGACAGCUCCACAGAGCUUGUGGUGUGCAAUCUGGAGGGCGAAACCAUCUCUUGCUUUUCGGUGGGGGGUGAACUGCGUCUUUGCUUGCCUCAAGUGCUGAACACAGUCCUGCGAGACUUCUCUCUUCAGCAGAUCAACUCAGUGUGUGACCAGCUCUACUUGUAUUGCUCCCGCUGUGAUGCCUCCCAGCUGCAUGUUCUCAAAGUGUUGGGCAUCUUACCACCUGGGGCACCUUCUUGUGGCCUCAUCACACUCACAGACGCCCAACGCCUCUGCAACACUCUACUACAUCCGGGCGAAAGCAACGGCCCGGCUGGGCUGCUCAAGGGUCACUUAGCUGGCGAAGAGGAGGAGAGAGAGGUCGAAGAGGCUGGAGCCUUUUGGGUGGAACACCAGUGCUUGGGGAAGUGCCAAGGCCUGUUUGUGCCUUGCCUCUAUGCAAGCCCUGGCUCUCCAUGCAUCCGCUGCUCACAGUGUCGCCGGCUUUACUGCCCCGAGCGUUUCGUCAUGCACUCACACUGGCAGCCCGACAAGCGCACGUGCCACUGGGGCUUUGACUCGGCCAAGUGGGCCUGCUACCUGCAGCUCGGACGCAGGUACCAGGGGACGGCUGAGGAGGCCAAGCUGAAGCAGCUGUUGGAAACAGUGAAGCUGAAGUUCUGCAGCAUACAGCUGGACACCAAGCAGCCACAUCUGGAGACUGCCCAAGUACAGGAGGGAUUAAAUCUCUGUUCUGGGAAAGAGAAGCUGUGCGAGAGUAGCUCUGAGGGAAAGGCAGUGCCUUUGCCCUCUUAUGUGUUUGACCCCUGUCUGCUCGCCAAUUUGAAGGAGGACCCCAGGCACCAUGAGCUCAUGUGGCAAAGUUGGUACCUUUACAUGCAUGACAAGCUGGCCAAUUCCAAUAUGAGUUCUGGCUGUGUUGCUGGGAAAGACGUGGAGACAUUCAGAGCGGAGAGGCUAGGAAGCCUGCUCAAACAUGGACACAGCCAGGAGAACAAGACGCUGGCUCAGGAUGGGGAGGAGACUGAGCCCAAAGAAUCUGCUGGUGCAGGGCGGAAAAAAACAAGUUGCUUGUCUGGCCAAUUGCAACGCAACAGUCCAGACGAGUGGCCGCGUGUUUCCAUAGAAACGCCCGCGUGCGAGAAGUCUUUCAGUGGCAGUCUUGAGGAGAACAAGGACAGCAUGGUGGUGGAGGUGCUUCAGAUGUACAAUGCUCAGCAUGAGAAGCUUCAGUCAACGCUCCGCAGGCAGCAACAGCUGGAAAAGGAGCUGCAGGCUUUGCGCAGGGAUGAGGCGGCAGAACAGCGCAGCCUGCACGGUGAACUGGAGGUGGUACAGACAGAGCAUGCCCAAAAGCUGGGGGAAGUGCAGGAGGAGCAGAGGAAGCUCAAGUGCAGGCUGGAGCAGCUGAGACAGCAGGGCUGCAGGUGCAGAGAGCAGCAGGGGGCCGAGCAACAGCAAGAGAGCCAUUACGCCACACAGUUAUCAGAGCUGCGCAAGAGGUUGGACCGUGCCGAGGAGGACCGGGAAGAGCUGCAGGAGGAACUUCGUAGGGAGAGGGAGGCCAGAGAGAAGCUGGAGCGCACCAUCGCUGAGCUCAAACAGCAAAUGAAGGAGUCUGUACCUGCUUCUACGAUGGACAGCCCCCUCUCGAGCUCUUCUGAUGCUCUGAUGUCUCCAACUCUGUAAUUUGGCCUCCAGAUCAUUUAGCACCAUUAACAUCUUCAUAACUCUGACCAAGUUUUAUUUCGGGACGUUUUUUGACCUUGCAAUUUUAUAGCCAAAUUAGUUUUUAUCGUAGGUGAAGAGAUAGCCAAAGCCUCAAAUCUCACUGAUUUGGGUCUUCAUAAAGAAAACAUUACCGUUUCACACAAUGCAUUAUGUGCAGACGAACACAACAAACAACAUCCUGGGUUAGUCGUCCGUUCUGUGGAAUAAAUCUGAUUAUACGGAGCAUUAAAGUGCUUUUUUAACAGCAAUUUUUCUUUGUAUGUAAGUUCUCACACAUUACUAGAAACCCCCCAAUGUGUGUGAAUGUCAUCCUUUGACCUGCACGUGUGUAAUCAGCACCAUUUAUUAGUCAGUGCAAUGACUACUGUUGGUAGAAAAAGAUGCAAUUCUGAAUUACACUUGUUUAAAAAAUGAUAACCUGUGAUAUAAUGUUUAUAAAAGUAUUUAUUGUUUUAUUGACAAAUGUUAUGUGAGCUAAACCCUUGUAAAAUGAUACAUACUUAAAGGUACGCUAAAUAAUUUGUAGCUUUUAGCUGCUGGUAUCGCCACUCGCCAUACGACUCGUCAUCACACGGAAACGAGAUGUGGCAUUCGGAAUGAACCUGACCGCUGAAAAACAACUCGGAGGUAUCUGGGAAGCUCUGCGGCUUGUCGCCAUGUAACAUUCCACCCCUAACUGUUAAAGCCACGUCCGUUUUUCAUGACGUCCUAUCACAUUUGAAUAGAAGAUUUUAUUUGGUGUACCUUUAAGAUUUUUUUCUUUGCGAGAUGCAUUUAUAUUUUACGUAUAUAUGCACAGUUUGAAUGUACAAUAUGUAUGCAUGUAUGUAUGCUAAAAUAUAUGGAUAUGUUAAUGGAGUUUACACCAUGGUAUGAAUUUAAAAGAAAAAAAAAAAAGAAAAUGAUGUAUAUAAAUGUUUUGUAAACCAUUUCUUAUUAAUGUUGUACAUCCUCUGAGAUUUUCUGAUACUUUCUGUUCAUAUUGUUCUGUUUCUUUUUUUUUUUUUUUUGGAAAUUUUUAACAAAUUAACACGUUUAUGUUAGUAAAGGCAGAAAAAUGGUAUAAAAUGCUCUUUAUAUUGUCAAAUAAUUUACUAUUAAUUGCAAGAAAUUAUAUCGAUAACGGUAUCACAUUGUGUUAUAAGUUUAGAUAAACAGGGUUUACUCAACAUAUGCCAUGAGAGCGACAUGACGUUUGUAUGUGAGAAUGAACUGAUUUUCUGAGAUCUGUUAGGCUCUCUUAUUGACAAUCAGAGGGAAUAUCUCCGAUUCCUUGGACAUAAACACUUAAGAAUGAGCUGAAGAAAUUGUUGCUACCUCAGGUGAACAUAUAAAUAUAAAUAUAUAUAUAUAAGCUGUAUAUCUGUGUUUCGUACAGUAUGAACUGAAAGAGAAGAAGAUGGGAGUAUUUUGGCAGCCUGAACUAAUUACCUCUGUGCUGUUUCUAUGCUGCUUUAUGGGCUAAGUGUUACUGGCUUCUUCAUGUGAGCUGAACGAGAGAUGCAUGUAUAAAAUUAAAAAAGAAAAAAAAGAGGUUUCCCCUAA